AUGGUUCGCAUCUACAACUUGGCUCUUAUUGCUCUGAGUGCGUCUGCCCUGGCGGCAACUACUUACAAUGAGCGUCGCGCGGUCGACGACGUCGGCGAGUUCGACCUUGCCGGUCGAUCCGCGCCCCUGAUGGACUUUGACAAGCGCGAGGACAGCAAGAUAGCGGAAGCCAGGAAGGAAAUGAAGGCCGCCAACCAGGCGGCCAACGCCGCCAUUCCUGAGGAUGCCAAGAACAAGGUACAGGAAGCCAGGAAGAACCUGAAGGACGCCAAUGACGCGGCAAGGGCCGCUAUUCCUGAGGACGCCAAGAACAAGGUAGAGGAAGCCAAGAAGAACCUGAAGGACGCCAGCGACGCGGCCAAGGCUGCCAUUCCCGAGGAUGCCAAGAAGAAGGUAGACGAGGCCAGGAAGAGCAUGCAGGACGCCAAGGACGCGGCCGACGCCGCCAUUCCUGAGGAUCUCAGGAAGCAGCGAGAUGAGAAGAAGAAAGCCUUUCAAGAUGCCAAGAAUCAAAACGCUUCGCAGACUGCCCCUGCACAGGCCGCUCCAACCGCCAGCGCUGCUCCUGCUGAGCCCCCAAAGUUCUAA